ACCAACUAAGAAAACAACAAAGACAAACUUUGACAAACAUCGUGUUUGUACAUGUCUUGUUUUAUACUUAAAAUAAAUCAUAUUCUUUGUUGUGUCCGCUUUCACGUCUUCGUUUGGGAAUCUUUAGCAGCUUUGUUUUGCCUUAUCAACAACGUCAAAGCUAUCUAAAAUAAUACCCCCUACACACAUAUUAUACAAAAACAACUUUGUAAUGGACAUCACUAUUGGUGAAUUUUGAUGCGUUUGACAUUGUUUGAAUUAUACUUCCCAUGGCCCAUACUCAAUUUCACUUCACCUACUACUACAAUUGGUAAAUUCUCAGGUCAGCCAUUGUUACUUAUCUAUUAGUCCUCAGAGUCGAGGCUGCCACGACCAGAAUGAGAGAAUUCUCUCAUUUAUCGCGUAGGACGAUCUUAAUUUUCGCAUUGUUUCUGGUGGUGGAAUCAGCUGAGAUCAGUGAAUUUUACCCAAGUGAAAGAGAUGCUUUGUUGCAGCUUAGAGAUGGUGUGAAUUCAAGUGUUCUUGAUUUGCAUAAACAUUGGACAGGGCCACCUUGUUACAAGAACCAGAGCAAAUGGGCUGGAAUUUCUUGUUCUGAUGGGCAUGUAACUGCACUUGUUUUAGAAGGAUUUCAGUUAACUGGUUCACUUCCACCAACAUUCUUGGAGAACAUAACUAACUUGACGAAAAUCAGCUUUCGAAACAAUUCAUUGUAUGGUCAUGUUCCCAAUCUCACAGGACUAGCUUACCUAGAAUCUGUGUUUCUUUCAGACAAUCGAUUCUCGGGCUUGAUUCCAUAUGGUUACAUUGAGCUGCAGAAACUGAGAGAAUUGGAGCUCCAGGGGAAUGUACUUGAAGGUUCAAUUCCACCUUUUGAUCAACAGACUUUGAUUGCGUUCAAUGUGUCUUCGAAUAAACUAGAAGGACCAAUCCCUGAAACACCUGUCCUGAAGAGAUUUCCGAAGAGCUGUUAUGGGGAUAACGCGAAUUUGUGUGGUGAGGUUCUAGGAAUACCUUGUUCAACACCACCUGCAAAUCCACCUAAAGCACCAGGUGAAAAGAAAAGGAAUGGACUUAAAGUAUGGAGUAUUGCUUUGAUAGCAGCAGGAGGAGCAGCACUUGUCUUUGUUUCAAUCAUGUCCAUUUUAUUAUGUUAUUUUAGAAGAUCUAAAAGAAAGGAAACACUAGAAGAAGACAAACAAGAAAGUAUUUCAACAGAGAAUGUGAAAAAGAGAAGUUAUUGGUUAGAGAGCAGAGAAGAUCCAGUAAGAACAUUGGACUUGACAUUCUUUGACAAGGACAUGUCAGUCUUUGACAUGGAUGACUUGCUAAGGGCAUCAGCUGAAGUUUUAGGAAAAGGAAAGCUAAGCACAACAUACAGAGCAAUCUUGGAAUCUGGUUCUGUUGUUGCUGUCAAAAGACUCAAAGAAAUGAAUUCAUUGAGCAAGAGGGAAUUCACCCAACAAAUGCAUUUGCUUGGAAAACUGAGACAUGAAAACCUUGUGGAAAUGAUUUCCUUCUACUAUUCCAAGGAGGAGAAGCUCAUCGUUUAUGAAUACGUUCCUCAGGGCGACUUGUUCGAGCUCUUACAUGAAAAUAGAGGAAUUGAGAGACAACCACUAAACUGGACUUCAAGAAUAUCCAUCAUAAAGGAUGUAGCAAAGGGUCUAAAUUUCUUGCACCAGACCUUACCAGCACAAAAAGUUCCACAUGGAAACAUCAGAUCAAAAAAUGUCCUAAUCUUGCAAGACCCCCAAAGCAAGAACUACCAUUCCAAGUUGACAGAUUAUGGAUUCUUGCCUUUGUUACCGUCUAAAGAAUCCUCAAGCAAAUUAGCAGUUGGAAAAUCUCCUGAGUUUAUUCAAGGGAAAAAGCUAACAAGAAAAGCUGAUAUAUACUGCUUUGGUAUUCUUCUCUUGGAAGUGAUCACUGGAAAGGUACCUGGUGAAUUGUUUUCACCAGAAAAUGGGGGUACUAGUAUUGUUGAUGAUGAUUUGUCAGAGUGGGUAAGGACAGUGGUGAAUAAUGAUUGGUCAACUGAUAUUUUGGAUGUGGAAAUACUUGCACAAAAAGAAGGGUAUAAUGAAAUGUUGAAACUUACUGAAUUGGCUUUGCAGUGUACAGAUGAAGCACCAGAGAAAAGGCCUAAGAUGAGUGAAGUGUUUGGGAGAAUUGAAGAGAUUGAAGUUGAACAAAAGAGUGUUGUCACUGAUGUGGAAGCUGAUUCACCAGUCUCUUAGUUCAAGACUUGAAAGUUCCCUCCUAAACUGUAAUCAAGCAGCAGCAACAACAUACCCAGUAUAAUUCCAACAGGUAAGGUUCGAAAAAAGUCAAAUGUACACAUAGUUACUCCCUUCCCACCUAUAAAGCCAACAGAUGAAAUCUGAAGACAAUGGGCUGUACACAUAUCUUACGUUUACCUGACACGGUAGAGAGGCUGGUUCCUAAACUGUAAUCAAGAAAGUUUGAAGUUCGAUCAGGAAGAGGCUUUUAGCUCAAGAGCAGAGUUUAACUUAGUUUUAAUGAUAUCAUUCUCAUUCUUUCAAGUUAAAAUUCUUUGUAGAUAUUGAUGUAUUAUUUCCAUUAUUCAUCUUUUACUUGAUGAAAACACCCUUUUGAAGGAGUAGCAUAUAGUGCAGUUUCUCUUUUCGUCAUUUUUC